CUCCCUCCAGCUCUCCUCCCUCUCCCGCCGCCACCGCCUCCUCCUCCUCUUGCCGCGCCUCCCCGCGCCACACACAGCAGCACACCGAGCAGCACACCGGGCCACGCCGAUCGCCGCCGCCGCCACCACCACCCCACCGCCACCACCACCACCACCCUUCCUCUGCCACUCCUGCCAUCCCGGGCCGCCCCACCGCGCCACGGGCCACCGUGUCUCGUCCAGGCACCAGCAGCAGCAGAAGCAGCAGCAGCAAUGGCCAAGCUGUACAUAGGGAACGUGGAGGAAGGCGUCAGCGCCGCCGACCUGGAGAACGUGUUCGCCGAGAGGCAGCUGGCCGUGAGCGGACAGGUCCUGCUCAAGGCCGGCUACGCCUUCGUGGACACGCCAGACGAGACCACGGCGCUCAAGGCCAUCGAGGCCAUCUCCGGUAAAGUGGAACUCAACGGCAAGUUCCUGGAAGUUGAACACUCUGUUCCGCGGCGACAGAGGAACCGCAAGAUACAAGUGUGGAACAUUCCGCCCCACCUGCAAUGGGAGGUUCUGGAUGGCUUGUUGGCCCAGUACGGCACCGUGGAGAGUUGCGAUCAAGUUGCAACGGAGAGUGAGACGGCGGUUGUCAACGUAACGUACGGCACCAAGGAGGAAGCCAAGGAGGCUGUGGAAAAGCUGAACGGGCACGAGCUGGACAGCUAUGCACUCAAGGUGUCAUACAUCCCGGAUGAGGCCGCCAGCAGCCAGGACCCGGAGCUGUCGCAGAACGGCAGCUCCCAGCAGCGUAAGCGCGUGAGCCGACGCGGGGGCCGCGGGGGCAGCAGCGGGCCCGGCGGCCGCCAGUCCGAUCGUCCGGCGGGCGGAGGCGGCGCCCCCGGAGGAGCCACCUACUAUGGAACCGGCAGCGGGAGAGGGGGUGGCCCCAGGCGCAGACCCCUGAUGGACUCGGAGGGGGCCGGCCGCCAGCCUCCGCACACGCUGCCGCUGAGGAUGCUGGUGCCCAGCCAGUACGUGGGUGCCGUCAUCGGAAAGGAGGGUGCCACCAUCCGCAGCAUCACGCAGCAGACCCAGUCCAAGGUGGACGUGCAUCGCAAGGAAAUGCUGGGCUCGGCCGAGAAGCCCGUGACGAUCCAGGCGAGCCCUGACGGACGCUCGGCCGCUUGUCGCUUGAUCCUCGAGCUGCUCCAGAAGGAGGCACACGACACCGGAGAUGUCGAGGAUAUCCCACUCAAGAUCCUGGCUCACAACAACUUUGUGGGGCGUCUUAUCGGCAAGGAGGGCAAGAACCUGAAGAAAGUGGAGCAGGACACGGGCACCAAGAUCACCAUUUCCCCGCUGCAGGAUGUGACCAUGUACAAUCCGGAGCGUACCAUCACCGUGCGAGGCAGCGUGGAAGCCUGUGGCCGUGCCGAGGAGGAGAUCAUGCGGCGACUGCAGGAGGCGCACGAGACCGACUACAGCUCCAUGAACCAGCAGGCCAACAUGCUGCCCGGACUGAACCUGAACGCCGUGGGGCUGUUCCCGCCGGGGAUGCCCGGUGCGACGUCCUCCCUGGGGGCCUACGGCACCUCCUCGGCCUACAUGCCCCUGCUGGGCCCCUCUCCGUACGCCCACCCAGGCGCCCCCCACGGCAUGUCCUCUCAGCCCUCUUCCAGCGAGCAGGAGACGGUGUACCUGUUUGUGCCGACGCAGUCCGUGGGCGCCAUCAUUGGCCGCAAGGGGCAGAACAUUCAGCAGAUCUCGCGCUACGCCAGCGCCUCCAUCCGGAUCUCGCAGGCUGAGGGCCCCGAUGUGAAGGAGAGGAUGGUGACCAUCGUGGGCCACGCCGAGGCUCAGUUCAAGGCCCAGGGCCGGAUCUACAGCAAGCUGAAGGAGGAGAACUUCUUCAACCCUCGCGAGGACGUCAAGCUGGAGGUGCACAUCAAGGUGCCGUCCGCUGCCGCCGGACGGGUCAUCGGCAAGGGUGGCAAAACGGUGUCGCAGUUGCAGAACCUCUCGUGCGCUCAGGUGGUGGUGCCACGCGACCAGACCCCCGACGAAGACGACCAGGUCAUCGUCAAGAUUAUCGGACACUUCUUCGCCAGCCAGACUGCCCAGCGCAAGAUUCGCGAAAUCCUGCAGCAGUAUCACUCACAGCAGCAGAGGCGGAGGUCAGGGUCCGGCCCACAGGGCCCCUCCGCCCAAGGCUCCGGGUCAGGCGACGGCCAAGCGCAGGCCCAGUCUGAUGAGGAGUAGGCAUCUUCACGUUCACCAUGGAGAAGGGAGAGACAUCGGAAGAGAUGGCAAAACCAAACUGCUUCCGAAUGUCUUAACCCAGCCACACAUGCACACACAGACACGCGUGCACGUGCACGCACUCGCGCACGUGCACAUGUACACACACACAAACACAUGCACGCGUAUACUUACAUGCACAUUAGGGAUGGUCCUUAUUCUUCAAAAUGGGUUUCGUGAUUGGCGUACCCUGUGGAUUGUUGUUGAAUGAUGCAUAACUGUUACAUUUUUGCCAAAUUUGAAGCAUAUUAUAGGGGUUGCUACCGAGUACUGAAGUUUAAAUUUGUGGCUUCGAAUUGUGAGUUUCUAGAAUAUUUUGGAGAUUCUUGAAAUUAGUUGGAACAUGAGGGAAUAUUCUAGAAAUUUCUGAAAUAACUGUUCUAUGUAUUCCUGCAGUCAUGAAAGCUUUAAGUCAAGAUUCUGGAAUAACCUUAAACCUUCUAGAAUAACCUGGAGAUUUCUGGAGUAGGUUGGAAAUCCCUGAAAUGCACUAGACAAAUUUGUUCUUCUGGAAUGUUCCAGAACACCCUGGAGCAUUACAGCACAGAACAUUUCUCCAGGAGCUUCUUCCAGGGUGUUCAAGAAGAAACCAAAUCACAAAUCCUUCAAAUGCUGGGAAAUGGAAUUGAGCAUGCGUUGUGGUUGAACAAAAGUUAUAUGCAUAAUCUCCAUUCUGCAUACAAGUACCAUGUGAUUGAGAUCAUGCUCAAGACGGUCUUAAACACAUCCUCGAGGCUAUCACCCAGUCCUGAUAUCUUCAUUUUCAAACAGUUCCCAGCAAAAUGGCAUCGAUCAAUAAUGGCGAUAACAGCUCUUGGCUGCGGUGAUUUCACUGCCACUGCUGUAGCAGAUGUGACAAUGCAAGUUGCCUUUGCCAAGAAACGACUAGUUCUCUAUCAACCCCGCGACAACUACGAAGAGCCCUUAAGAGUGUUGCACCUCGUGGUGUUAAAAUCCUCUGGCGGACUUUACAGGGCACAGUGAAUGGCAAGAGCCAUUUUUGCCAUCAGAAUGUGGAUGUUCGUGGGACUGUUUUUCUCUCUCGUUACCAACGAGGAGGAGGAGGAUAAGGGACUAGUUUAUUGUUCUUGAAGAACUUGAUGAUGAUUUCAAGGCAGCUAACACAAGUGUUGCCAAUGCUGCUAUCAAUACAUUUUCUGGGCAUCUGUGGUGGCUUGGAGAGAAGGCUGAUGACUUAUGCUUUCUGUGACAGGGUCCAGAAAUUAAGGGCAAAGUGGUUGAAUCCCUUCAAGAGGAAAGUGGGGAGGACAUUACAAAACAAGCCACCGUUGAGCAAGAUGCCAUUAAGGAGAAUCGUUUGGAGUAAUUCAUCUUGGCACACACUUUGAGGUUUUUUCCAAGUUUCUGGACAUGGAUCCUGAAGAAUGGCACAUUGAUGCUUGCUGGGGGAAAAAAAAUGGUCAGAGCCACGACAGAACAAGGUGUGGUGAGAAGGACACACCGCAGUACCUUCUACACGUUGUCGGUGACCGUUGCAAAUUAUUUCCAGACUUGGCGAAGGCAUAUCUGAUAUUAAAGCACAAUUCAUCUGCCGGUAGCAACCCCAAAUUAUUUCCCAAAGUUAAUCAAAUUAUGCCAAGAUUAUUUAGUUGGAGUUUGUAACCAUGCAAUGGUGUGCCUCAAUAAUAAUGCCUCAUCUCAUCAUGUUACGCCAUUAUAAGGACCACCCUAAUGUGCAUGUUCAGCAACUUUUGUCAAACCCUUACUGUAUAAGGGCCUCCCCACACCAUGCAGGUAAUGAGGGACAUUUGACCAUACUUCACCACGCUGGUCAGUGCGGUUUGGUGAAUAUGUACGCACGUUAUACAUGCACGCACAAGGCAUGCACAGGGGGACACACCUCCAGUGCUCACAUCGUGAAACCCUAUUCAGAUAACACGGUACGUCGGUCACUUCAGCACCGUUAGUGAAGUCAAAGUGAGUGGCACAUUCUGAACAGUCGCACUCAAUGACAAAGCAGGGGUUGAGUUGUCAGGCUGUGUUUUCCUAUCCGGCCAUGAGAAACGUGUCCAGAGGGAACAAACAAAAUGUAAUUAGGUUAUAUUAUCAGGAAAUUAUAACAAAAAACACCCCUCCCACAACGUUGAACAUUACGUCAUGGCAUAUCUCAACCUCUGCACACACACUACAUCUCAGCACGUCUCUCUAAACCGCCUUAAAGUACUGUCCAGUACAAAACUGGACAAAUUGUCUGGUCUGUGAAAAGGUCACACGAACAGCUGCGUUGGCACUGCCUGUACCCACACCCCCCGCUCCGCGCGUACGCUGGGUCCGUCUUGCAUCGUGCUCGGCGGGAACCGGCGACAGUUCUAACGUCGAGCGAAUAGGUGCCGCGCCUCUAUCUGUGCACGUUAGUUUAAGCUCGGUCUAAGACGGCAACAGCGGCGUUUCCAACUUUACGUACUGCCGAGAGCGCGUAAGUUAAUUGUGACGCGGGCAAUAGCGGCGUUUCCAACUUAACGUAUUGCCGAGAGUGCGUACGUUAAUUGUGACGCGAGCACCACCGACGCGUGGUGUCCAGAUCAAUGUGCCGUCUGCUUGCUUUUGCCAUUUUCUAGACGUGCAAAUGGAUAGGAGGCGCUUGAUGCAAUGCCCGCCGUCUCGCUGUGGACCCAGCUGCGUGCUGUGUUGACCUGGUACCGUGUGACCUUUCCACCGUGUGCGAGCCAGCCCUGCAGCAGUGCUCAUCGGAGCGAUUUUCCCAGGCUACCGAGGGCCCACUCAGGACGAAUGCCGUUCCUCGGCGUGGCCGCUGCUCAAAUGUCCGGUCCACAGAGAGGGACGCCGGGCAAAAACAUAACAGUCUGUCAAUGCCGAGGCUUAACUGUCCUCGUGAGGCCCGGACUUGUAUUUUUAUUCCUGGCGUCGUGUUUAAAUUUGGUAUUUUGCCAACAAUGUGAGCGUGGCAACUGGAGAGGCAGGGAGUGUUGACAGGGGCACGCGCUGGCCGGCCGCGCCGGGGUUGGCCGUUGCUGUGUCGCUUGCUGCGCUCAUCGCACACGGCACGAGCCAAUCCCGGUGUCCUCGGCUCAAAGCUCGGACACCUCCGUGCUGGUGCCCUACCCCGUGCCACGCUCACUGCCCUCUAGACCACGAGCGAAGAAGGCAGUCGCUGCAGGGCGGGCCCGGACGUCCAACCCCCACUUCAGCAAAGGAAUGUGAUCAACUCUUAAACCCCGCGACACGAAGCGUGGCUUUUAAAACAAUAACAAUAACGGUAACCCACGUGACAUCACCAGAAUGUUAAAAAAACACCUUUUUUAAAGUUUUUUUUGGAGGUGGGAGAGGGGGGUAUAUUAUGCCAUCGUGAUUCUUUGUAAUACAAUUUUACUGGCAACGGACCUGAGGCAUUUGGGAAACAAAUAAAAAAAAGAAAAAAGAAAAAAAGCAAAAAUAAAAAGUAAAAAAAGUCAAGGAAACGUAGAAAAGAGACGAAGCCUUACGAGGGCCAGGACCCGGCCAGGCCGCCGCGUGGGCCGCCGCGCGCGGCGCGUCGCUGUUCUGUUUCAACAAACUACCUCAGUUGGCGAUCACGUACCUCGACUCGUUCCUUUAAUUCUGGCGGGGUAUUUUGUAAGAGAGCUUUAUGAAAUCGAUAGCCAUUGGACGGUUUUAUUUUUUUAAUUACAAAAUCAUAAAAUUGGAUUGGGCACGCAAAGAGAGGAAGGGGCAGAAUAUGGGAAAGAGUCACAGGAUUUGGGGGACAGCCGCAAGGACGGUGAACCCACCACCACCCUCUCGGUGCUCGCCGAUCCCGUGGAGUCUGGGGUUCGCGAGCGCCUGGGGGAGUCUGGGGGUUCGCGACUGUGGCUGCGGUCCCCUCCCUCCCCUCGUGGACACGAGGCGUUGUGGAGGGAGAUCCGUUUCGAGAUGCCCCACUGAUUCGUCACGGCCCUCUUUCUCGUCGACAGGCGGUUGGAUAUUUUGCAAGCGAUGGCUCCGUAUCUGGACAAAGUCUAUCAAGAGAGUGUCGACAGAUUGAAUACGUGUAUUGAGAUUGGCGGGAGACGUCGAGAAUCAGAAUGUUGUCUCUUUCAUUUCUGUUAUCUCAGUGGGGUAUCUAUAAGCGGAUCGCCCCGCAUUGUAUUCAGCCACGUCCAUCGUAAUCGUCAGCAUUGUCGUUAGUGUUAUCCCUCGGCUAAACUGGACGCCCCUAUUGAAGAAGUGUGGUCGUUGUCAGGAUACAUCCGUCGAUUGCCAUCGCCAGCGUCAUCGCCAUCUCCACCACGAGCGCGACCCACCCAUCACGGUGGUGAUCGCCGCAACCGCCGCCCCGCGGCACCGUGGCGCCUCCCCCGACCCCUCCAAGUCAGAGUGCUUCCACUCCCCGUGUCGCACCCGGCACCCCCCCCCCCCACCCCUGCAGCGAGCGCUGUGGGGGGCGCACACCGGAUGCAUCACCUACGGAUUCUUUAGCCAGAGAACGGGCGCGGUGUCCUAUAGGGUCAGUAGUAUACGUGAAUAAUGACGACGAUACCAGUAGCGCGUCUGCACUUGAGACGCGUGCAGUGUGUGUUAUUGUUCAGUUGCCAAUCCUCUACAAAUGUUGCCGUGUAACUGAAUGUGAUUGCGACACUUGAGAGGCUUGCGUGGGCCCGGCGCUUUGCUCCGCCGGCGCUUGUGGGAGGUAGGGCCAGGUGCCGCUGGCAGUGUCGAGUGGCGGCGGUGACGCAUGCAGCGUGGAUUCGCGUCGCGUCCCGGGUCGUUGCAGAAAUUCACCUGGCGACGGCCCGAGGGCCCCCCUCCCUGGGUCCCCGCAGCUUCGUGACGGGUCCCACGUAACCGCGGGGCCCGGCACAAGGGGGUCGCGGUUGAGCGGGUUGACGCGACACCUGAUGGUCGGUGGCCGGUUUUGUAAAACAGCUGAAGUGGAAUUUUCUACUCGGUUUCCUUGAGCGCAGUACAAAUUUCGGUUUCAUGAAACCGGCCACGGCCCUCGUCGAGGGUGUUGGCUGGCAGCUGUCGUGUCUCGCACCACUGCUGCCAUACAAGUGAUGUAAUUACGAGGGUCCUUGCAAGAGAGCAGGGAUGGGGGGUCACGGCCGUUGGUUUAUUCUCUGUACCCAACCACGGUGUUGCGUUGGCCCCCACGAGCCCCGCUAUUGGGGUACGGCCCGGCGAUUUUGCGGGCCCGCGUGGAGGGGGUCGCGAGACACAGGGACCCCCGGGAACCCCUGCAAGCCCGGCACAGAGACCCUGAUCGAUCGGGAUAUUCUGUGCCGUGGCAUUCGGAGGUCCCCGUGGGCCCCGUGUUAACGGGGUCGCAUCCCCCCCUGGAGAGGUCAGCGGCCGGCUGCAUAAACCAACUGGAGGGAUGGGUUCCCUCGUCGUGCUCUAUGCAGCCGGGCACGGCUUUACUGGCCGCCUCUUCGAGUGGUCAGCGCGGGGUCGCACUGACCGCUCGCCGACCAGGCCGUGGAUUCGCUGUGCAAACCCCCGUCCCCUCCCUCGGUUUUAAUCGACGCGUGCGGCGAGCGCGGAACCCGCGGCGUGCGCGAUGAAUGUAGGGCGCGUUGGAGGGCGCCGUGUAAAUGCGCCGCGUUGCGACGGCAGCGCGAGUUGUCGUGACGAGCCGGGGGCCGCGUUGCUCCCGCGGUUUCUUGUGGGUUCCUGAGCAGUGGGGCUCGAAAAUGCGCACCCAAUCCCCUUCCCCCCCGUGUGAUGUCCACGUGUGCCUGUGUGAGGUGUGGUGAUCAUGUGGUGAAACCAGGGCUGUGUGGGGUGUGGUGACAUGGUGUGGUGACGCCAGACCUGUGUUGUGGAUGGUGACACCGUGAUUGUGGGGUGUGGUGACUGUGGUGCUAGAGCUGUGUUGAGCAGUGGUGGCUCGUGACUGCAGUUGGAAGAGGGGUGGUGGUGGUGGGGAAACAUUCUCCGCCUCGGAUUUUCCAGUCUCGGCUGCUGUGAGCUGGUCUAUGAAGACGGCUCAUGCAGUGCCCUCAGCUCCUACGGGAGCCCGCACGCUGGUGAAUGACGAUCGUCAAUCCGCCCGAGCGCGUCGCGUAAAGCUUGGAAAACUGUGGUGGAGUCUGUAGCCCCUGUCCAACUGAAGCCAGGGGCGGUCGCUGGUGUGUAGGUAGUGUGGUCGCACCGGAGUUUGGCGUGGAGUGUGGCGACACCGACACUUCGUGCGGUGGCACCAGAGCUGAGCAGAGGGCGCGGUGGCACCGAUGCCGUUCUGACCCUCGUGCGUCGUGGUGGCGCCGUGUCGCCCGGCCCUUCCGAGACGACGCGGUGCGGCAGGGCCGAGUGGCCGUGCCGACUUCCCGGUCCGCGAGUCGCGUGGACGCGGGCUUAUGGGAGGAAGUAUUUGUUUUUAAUUGCAUUUAUCGACACUGAUGUGACGUGGCGUGCAUGGGCAGCAGCAGAGAAUCAUGCCGCCCCUGUACGACAACGUGGAACGUUCCUCCUGCUGCGGGCCUUUAGUGUGGGGCCGUACCAACCGCGGCAGAUCGGGGGGUGAUCGGUUCCAUCUUGCGUGCAGGGCGAGACAUGCGCGCGUAUUCUGGAAUUGCGUCACUGAUUUAAAAAUGUACAUUCUUUUUUAUGAACAUUUCUUUGCAAUCUUUUGUAAUUAGUUUUAGGCCUGAAGCUGGUGAAACCCCCCGCGGCAGGCAGGGCGGCUGUAUCCGCGCGCCGUGGCGCUGCUGUCAGCAUGCGAACAGUGGCUCUGGCGUCGAGCCACAGUUGGGGCUUCAUGACAAUAAAGAAUUGUACAACACGAA